AGCAGUCCCGAUACGGCGUAUAAAUAGUGGUAUGAAAUGUGUUGGACGGCAUCAGACAAGUUCAAGUUUUCGAACCUAAAGCACCAGAUCCAUAAUCAAAAUGUUCAAAUCCGCCGUCGUCGUUCUUGCUCUCGUUGCCUGCGCUGCUGCCAAGCCUGGACUCCUGGGUGCUCCCCUGGCAUACACUGCUCCUCUGGCUUACUCUGCUCCUCUGGCCUACUCUGCUCCUGCUGCCGUGGUAGCUGCUCCCGCUCCAGUUGUGACCGCCACCAGUAGCCAGGUGAUCGCCAGGAACUACAAUGGAAUCGCCGCUGCUCCUGUGAUUGCUCCCGUUGCUGCUCCUUUGGCUGCUCCAGUAGUGGCCAAGUACGCUGCUGCUCCUUUGGCCUACUCUUCUCCCUUGGCUUACACCUCGCCUUUGGCAUACAGUGCCCUGCCAUCAGCUCCUGUUCUUCUUUAG